AUGGCCUUCGGGCGACGAGGUUUAGGUUCUGAGGAUUUGCAUAUUAUGGCCGCUGUGCGACCAAAGCUCGCUGUGCUCCCGUCAAGUGGAGCGGACAAUGUCUGGAGCAGGACCAAUUCGUCGAGGUCGGAUUUCUUGGAUCUGACGCCCAGCCCUGCUAGUCCCGAGGCGCGAACCACUGCCUUCGCGUCCUCUCUGAGGUACAAGGCCACAACCAGUGCGCAGCCUUCUGGCCAUGGCAACGUUAAGAAGAUGCGGAGGAGAGUCGCUCUUCUGAGUGGAAUCCAUCUCAACCUCCCGAGUUCCCCGAUCGUCAGCACCCCUCCGCCAGGUUCUUCCACAGGAACCGUGUGGACGUUCACUGCGGAAUGGGAUUCAACAGGCGACGGGUUCAUUCUCAGCGAACUCGAGAGCUCAAGCUCGUCGGGAUCGUCGUCUGCGAGUAUGCGGUUCUUCUCGAGCCCCGUUCCGCGCGACGUGAACGAAGACGAGGUCGAAUUCGAGGCUAGCUCUCCUCUUCAAACCAAAACGAAGGCCAUGGCCAUAUCCCUGUCCAGUCACAUUCACGCGAUGGCUUCGACGUCUUCUGCUACUUCGACGAUCAUCCGUUCGCCUGUCUCCACGGCGGUCACCGACAUUUUCGACUUGUACUCAACGACGCCGAACACGCAAUCCUUCGAUCUUCCCGAUUCUAUGAGCGACUCGUCAUCCGCUCCCUCAUCUCCCGUCGACACCCCAUCUCCAACGGACUCUUCCGCGCCGCCUUCUCCGCCUUCCAACGGUGCGAGCAAGAUGCCCCCGCCGACUGUUUCGGUAACCUACUUCGAGGAAAGACGUCUGGAGGACCAAUAUGUUGCACAAACGAGGCACUCGGAGGGGUCGUCUUAUACCGACGUCCCUGUCGAGCAACAAAUUGUUGUCGCGCCCAUGUCGGCGUUCGAGGCUGUCUCAUGGGCAUCGAUUCUCCCUGAGAACCCGCAUUACGCACCUGCGCCCAAAACAGCUGGAGUUGUCUUCAAGCGGCCCAGGCCACUGCCACCUGUACCUGUCCAGAGGCGAGCAUGA